AUGGGGAACGACUCAAGAUCUCUCGAAACAACUGAAGUUCAGGUGUUCGAGAAUCCGAGCGGAAUACUCCCGAACGGGUCGACCUCCCCCGAAAUUCCCAAAAACAGCCAAGCGACCGUUUCUGUGUCGCCACGGGGUCUUUCUUGGGGGAGGGCUUCUUGUGUUCUUGCCUUUAUAUGCACAGGUUUCCUUCUGCAAGGUGCGAACUAUACCCACAUGACGUCAUUCUUCAAUGUCUACGCCCUCGAGGAGAAAAAUCUAUCAUCGGCUCAGUACGGCGUCAUCAUGGGGGCCAACUGCUUCAUCAUGAUAUUCGUCUCACCGGUCACAGCGAAGCUCGUCGAACUGAGAUACUUCAAGGAUAAGAACAUCAUGUUCGUCGCAUGGACCAUCGACGCGGUAUUUUGUUUCGUGUUCUCCUUCGCGUACAAUUUCGGUCCCGGAUAUCCAUUUUUCUUCGGAUCCCUGACUCUUCGCAUCCUCGAAGCCUUCGGGACCGCGGUGGGCUUUGUGAUGCCGUAUGUGAUCACUGGGCUUGAACUUAAUGAGAUCAAUCACAUAAUCAUUCCGGUUUUGGAGACACUAGACGGACUGGCGGUCGUGGCUGGUCCUGCGAUCAGCGGUAUACUAUUCGAUCUCGGGGGUUUCCCUCUCCCCUUCCGGGUUCUCGGCGGCGCGUUGAUGACCUUGAUGUGUCUCGGCAUAUGUUUUUUCCCCGAACCCGACGAGAGGUCUGACGUCGAAGAGAAAACGUCCGGAGGGGGUAGUCUGAGGAGGGUCUUGAAGUUCCCCGUCGUGGUGAACGUGCUGUGCACCGUCAGUUCUUUCGUUUUGCUGUCGUUCAAUGAGUCGACACUCGCCUUGCGGCUCAAUUCGAAGUUCGCAAUGAGCGCUACCGAGUGCGGUCUGCUCUUCUUAUACGCGGGAGGGCUGUACGCCUCUUCGAGUCUAUUUCUUGGUUACACAUCGAGAAGGAUUUCAGACCCACGUCAUCUCGUUCUCCCGUUUCAAAUCAUCAUACUGUUUGCUCUCCUCCUUCAAGGACCUUUGAUUCCUGUAGAGCAAACGAGGGGCGUUGUUCUCUUGGCUCAGAUGCUCCUAGGACUCGGCGCCGGACCCGCGUUCGUUUGCUCUUAUUUACAUUCUCUUAAGUAUAUUUCGAAUGGCGACGAAAGCAAAGAAACGCACGCUGCUCUAGGAGCAAUGUUCACCUCAGCCACCGCGAUAGGCGGCGCCAUUGGACCUCUCAUGGCGAACGUACUGCUCGACUAUUGGUCGUAUGAGACCGCGGUAGCUGUGAGCGCCGUUCAGACCUUGCUCGUGACAGCAUUACUAGCCUUCGCGACUUUCCAUAGCACUUAUCAGCUCUGUCAGGCACUCUCGUAUACAACCGAGAUGAUGAAUGAAGAUGGCAAGCUUACGCUGAAGUACCGUCGCGAGAAGAGCCACAUCCUCAAAGUCCAAGUUCAGUCCCGUCAUGAGGGGGCUGAAAAACACCGCUACCGUCAUUUAUUAUCUAUCCAACGCGCGGUACCUCGCUCAAAUCGUCCGACCGGCGGCAACACUCAGCUCGCUUUCUAA